UCUAUGCAAAACCAUUUCCUGAAUGGAAAAUAUUGAAUUUGUUAUAUUUUCUAACCAUUCUAGCAAAUCUAUGUCAUUUGUUUCAACAUUCAAUUUCAAUAUCAGAUGAUAAUUGGUAACUGGUAUUCCACGUUGAGUCAUGAUGCUAUAUCAUAUUUCCAAACAUUUAUACAUAUCUCGUUUCCAUAUUAUUCAUUUGGAAAGGAAAAUGAAUAAAUUAUAUAUCUGAUUUAUAUGUUCAUGUUAUUCUGGGCAACCGUGUAAUUUACCUUUUCUAUUUAUCUGGCAUUAAUUAUGAUGGAAGCAUUUAUAAAUAUAAUAAAAGGUAAUUAAGUUUUUCUUUAAUAUUCAGUUCGUGCGUGUCCAGUAUACAACGUAAAAUAUUUUAAUAGACAUUGAGAUUGGAAACGAACAUUGCAACCGGUUUAUAACAUUUCCUCUUUAUUUCACUAUUUUUUUUUUUUUAUUUCGAAGCAACUUCCAAAAAUAGUCACAUAUAUAUUUAAAAAAUGAUUGUAAAUACAAUAUAGUACAGUUACUAAAAUAGUAAAAGUUUGAUUUAUAUUAAAUAGUUUAAGAUUAUGUGUAAGUUAUUGUCACAUGAUAUUCCUGGUACGAAAUGUACACAGGGAAAAUAAUUGAAAUCCGUUUGAUUACAUAGUAUUUGUUAAUGAUCUAAAAAAGAUAUAAAUCAAAUUUAGGUAUGAGAGACUGCGAAUUCAUUUGAAUGUUAGGAUCAGUUUGUAUUUGAUCUUUUGUGCGUUUAUACUUGUAUUGUAACUAGUUUGGGGUCACAGGUAAGUAGACUACAUUUAAACACAUUUAACAUUAAGAUGUAUUCAUGUCAUAUAGACACUUACAAUGGAUGACCCGGCAGUAAGUAGACUCGAACAUGCAUGUACAGCAUGAAGUACUCAUUCAAGUGUUAUGCUAAUUACAUGUUAAUUUGCUAAUGUAUAUAUGAAUAUUAUAUCUUAAAUACUUUUAAAAGCGUUGAUAUGUUGUGCAGGACAAAUGCUUUUGUAUUUAGCACAUCAACCAUAAUAUCACCAGGAAGUUUACUUCAAGUUUAUUAAUGUCAUGCAGAUGUCGGAUAUUUAACUAGUUGCACAGAAAACGUUUGAUUGCAUCAAAUACAGCAGUGAAUGGAGACUGGUACGAGUUAGUAUUUGCAUCGGUAUCAAAGCAAAGUUGAAUCUCAUGAAUUCCAUAUGCCAUCUAAAGGUCGAGCUGGGAAUACACUAUAAUACAAGGACAUGAGCUCAGAAGGAUGUAAAAUGCGAUCUUCACUAAAAUGAAGACUACGUACACAGAAAAGCUGGGUGUCACUUGUCAGAUCUGUGGCUGCAUGUCUUCCGGCUUCCAUUAUGGUGCCUACACGUGCGAAGGAUGCAAGGCCUUCUUUCAUCGGUGCAUCAAGAGGAAACUGAUCUUUCAAAAAUGCACGAAAGGGAAAAACUGUCAAAUCAAUAUUGGAUAUAAGUACAAAUGCAGGAUUUGCAGAUAUCAGAAGUGUCUACAGGUCGGAAUGUCUAUUGGCGCCAUCAGAGUGGGUCGGCUGCCAAACACCGAGCGGGAAAAGCUUAAAGCUAACUCCGAGGACAUUACAGGAUAUAGACGUCGGCUCCUGGAUUUGUCAGACAGAAUAACGACAAAUUUUGCCAAUGUUUUCCACGACUCUUCAUUAUUUAAACCGGGGAAAGAGACCGUAAUAAAAACUCCUGUUCCAUAUGCUUGUUCUGGAUUUGUAAUUAGCGAACUUGACACAGUUGGUUUUUAUCAACUAGGAGUAUUCAAUCAAUAUCAGGAAAUGCUUGUACCUAUCAUGAAAGACACUAUCCAGUUUGCCAAGAAAUUGCCUGGAUUUUUAGAUUUGCGACUUUGUGAUAGAGUGGCUUUAAUGAAACAGGGAGCUUUUUGUAUUUGUAUAUUAUUGAUGCAUAGGUCAUUGUCUGGGCCCAAUGUGGAGUUGAAAGGUACACACACCAGCCUGUGUCUAACAAAGGAGGCCAUCAGUAAAUGCUCAGAGGCACAGGUACUUCUUGGUAAAACAAUAAAGAUAUCGGAAAGGAUUCACCAGCUCAAACUACAGCAGACAGAGUUAGCUCUCUUUGCCUCCGUAAUCCUGCUGUCAGAUAGUCCACUGCUUGAAGAACGAGAAAGAAUUCGGUCAAUUGCAGGUGAUGUCACACAGGCGUUGCAAAUGGAAUUAGGUCAUAUUCGUUCAGAGGACAAUGACAUCUUCCUUUCAUUUUUAGCAUUGAAAGAGGAUUUAAAACAGGCAUCGGAGGAAUUUAUAAGUAACUUAAAAGCUGGAAGUUACAGCCUACCCGAGGACGUGUGUGACGGACUUCUGCUAUUAAAAGACAUUUUUGAUAUAUGAUAUAUGGUUGUUGCGGUCGGCAGUCGGACUCAAACAAAUGCUUUUCAACUAUAGAGCUUUAGUAAAAGAAAAUUAUACGAUUGAAAUUGAUGAACGAUUUUUUAACACUGAAAUUGUAUUAAAAAA